CUAGUUUAUAGUCACUCUGUGCGCGAAACAAAAUGCAUCAUGUGCUAAAAGAAAAGAAAAUUUUGUUUACGGCGAUAAAUAAAAGAAAAUUAACACAACAUUAGCCGUGUUGAAAAUAAAAGUAAUACUACAUAAAAGACACUGAUAUCCUCGCAUUCGAACGAACAUCGAGGAAGAAGAAAAACUAAGAUCGGCUUACUCAAUCUAUAUUAUGGUCUCAUUAAACGCGAUAAGGGCCGAUCAGGAAAAACGGAUAACCAGCGGAUCAAAGUCACCAUUGUCACAUGAGUGAAUCAAACUGAUCAUCUCCCAAGAAUCGGCCACCACACGGAAAAAUGGCUCUCUCGCAAAGGGUGAACGAGCUGAUACCGCGGCGAGCGGUGCUGGGCGCCCUGAUGUUCUUCGCGUGCAUGUUUUCGUACGUGAUACGCACGAACCUGUCCAUCAUCAUCGUGGCGAUGGUGGCGGGCAAAAAGGGCGGCGCCACUCGAGGACCCGAGUGCAACGCCGAUGGCUUCGUCAACUACACCGCCGUAGCCAACCAGUCGCUCAUGACCACUGCCUUGCCCGACUACGGCCCGCGUUACCCAUGGAGCCAAAACGUCGUGGGACUCAUCUUGGCGGCCUACUUUUACGGCACGUUACCCUCGAGCGUGCCCGGUGGUAUGCUGGCCGAAAAAUUUGGCGGCGCUAGAGUCGUAGCUUUCGCGACACUGAUACCGGCAGUGCUGAAUUUGCUGAUGCCCUACGCAGCCGAUGCCCAUUACAUGUUGCUCGUCAUUCUUCGCUUCAUCAUGGGCUUCUUUGGUGUAAGUUUGUACAAGAGGUUUUUUUUAGGUUUUGACAUGAAAAAUGCCGGAGUACUGACUGGUUUACCAUACAUCACAAGACUUCUGGCUGGUGUGUUGUUCGCAUUAGCAGGCGACUUUUGUCGUAGAAAGAGCGUUAUGACUACUGGUUGGAUCCGUCGCAUAUUCAUGAUCUUCUCACACGUUCUACCUGCUAUUUGCCUGAUCCUGAUUUCGUAUGCUGGUUGCAACCGCUUUACGGCGAUAGCGAUGAUGACACUUGCUCUGACCUUCAAUGGAGCGGCUUGCCAGACGAGUCUGCAGAAUCACCAGGACCUCGCCCCCAACUUUGCUGGAUCACUGUACGGCAUCAUGAAUACCUUUGGCAGCUUCUCUGGUUUUAUCAUUCCUGCGAUACUCGGUGUUCUCAUCAACGAACAUAAUGGGAUGCUGGAAUGGCGUGUUAUGUUCUGGAUCUCAUCGAUAGUAUUCGCCUCGGCAACCCUACUUUUCUGGAUUUUCGGCUCAGCUGAAGUUCAGCCCUGGAACGAUCUUAGCAUUGGCUUGAAAACCGCCAACAUUGAAGUUGCUGAAGAACAAAAGCGAAUAAACUCAAAGGAAGCGGAAGCUAACGAAGAAGAGGAGAACGAGAAGCUAUAAGGCUGACGAUAGAUUCGUCCAUAGAUUAGUCAAUAUUAUUUUUAAAUACUCUACAACAGCUGAGGUAGAGCUAGCUGGAUCGUCGUGGCAGUCUAAAGAAAAUAUCCAACGAUAAGUAGCGUUUAAUCAUGUAUGUUGAAUAUUUUUCAAUUUUUUAACUUUUUUUGUUUGCCACAAUACAAUAUUCAAGACUAUAUUUCAUUUCAAAACUUAAACGAUUUUAUUUAAGAUUUUGAAAGGUAAGUGCUGAGAAAGUUAAAAGGAUCUGAAUAAUUAUUGUCAAUGAAAACUUUAUGUAUUAUCAAUGUAGUUCAUUAAAAUCACUGAUUUUUUUUAUUUCAAUUAACUCGGAGAAAAAACUUUUUGAACUAAAAAAUAUUUAUCUGAUGUUGAACUAUGUAUAGGUACAGAAAGCACAGCAUUUAUAAAGCAUUAUCUUAAUUUUUAUUGUAAAUAUAAUACAAAAAAAUUUUGUUUGAAAUGUCAGCAUAUUUAGUAUAUCAUAAAUAUAAAACUAAUUAUCUCAGUACAAAUAUUCAUAUAAACUUAUAAUAAAUACCACUUGCCAUGAUUUUAUAGAUUUUUUCCUCCGAGUAUGAUUGCAUUUUUAUUUUCUUAAAUAUUUUCACAUGAAUUUAACGAAUAACUUGUUUUUGACAAUAAAACUUCAUAAACAGUAGUUACAAAUUUUGUAAAAUCAACAAAAGACAAAAAAUAUUUUUUUAAUACUUGUUCUGUAUGAUAAAUGUAUAUUCUCCCAGUGGCAAUAAGAAUAAAUUAUAACAUGUUGAAAUCUAUGUAAAAA